AUGGCCGAAAAAAGAGACGAUGCAGGCGAAGAGCCAAUGGAAAGAGUCGAAAGAAGAGAAGAACUUGUCGACUAUUUGAGAAAACUACUCAGCUGCUUGAGAGAUACGGGACACUUCCUCAAGAUCUACUGGAAGAUUCUCUUUGCACUUUUCUGGGCGCUCUUCCUUUUACCUUUCCUCUUGAUUUACGACUGCUCGGAAGUCAGGUGUGCAUAUGUGGUGUUGCUGAUGGGUGGCUACUGGGUGACCGAUUGCUUCCCGAUGGCGGUAACAUCGUUGAUCCCGGUGGUGAUGUUCCCGGCUCUAGGUAUACUCAGUACGGCGGAUACGUGCACCUGUUACAUGAACGACACCAUAAUGGUAUUCAUCGGCGGUCUGAUCCUCGCCAUUGCUAUCGAGCACAGCAAUCUGCAUCUCAGGAUCGCCCUCGGAGUCAUGAAGACGGUUGGCUGUAGCCACGCGAGACUGCUCGGUGGCCUGUGCGUGGUAACAACCUUCAUAUCCAUGUGGGUGUCAAAUACCGCGGCCACUGCCAUGAUGGUGCCCAUCAUAUUCGCCGUUUUACGGGAAUUAGAACAGGCUGGAGUGGGUGCGGUGUUCAAGUCACAAAUAGUUGAUCCAGAAAGACCAGACAUUCCAUCAGAGAUAAGACCGACAAAAAUUACGAAGGCAUACUUGUUAGCCGCGGCUUAUUGCUCGACGUUCGGCGGAACAGGAACGUUGGUGGGAACCGGCACAAAUCUGACCUUCAAGGGAAUCUACGAGAGCACAUUUCCCAAGGCCGAGGGAAUCAGUUUCACCGAGUGGAUGAUCGCGUCCUUUCCCCAGAUGGUCGUCAAUUCCUUCCUCACUUGGAUGUACGUGCGAAUCGCAUUUCUGGGAUAUCUGAGACCGCGCAGUAAAGACGCUGAAAUGGCUACAAUUGGAACUGAGGGCGAAGCUGUCACGAAUCAAGUUAUACAGCAGAGAUAUAAGAAUUUGGGGCCUGUAACUUUUCACGAAUACGGAGUGGCUACGUUGUUCUUUAUGUGCGUAUUUCUUUGGAUAUUCCGCAAACCCGGCUUCGUCGUCGGAUGGUCCGAACUGAUCACUGAUAUAGACCUCAGAGACUCAGUGCCAGUGAUAUUCGCCUCUAUCCUAAUGUUCUUCAUCCCGAAAGACCCCAGCUUCAUCUACAGCUACAGUCAAGAUCCCGCUAAAAGACCGAAAAGAUCGUCGGAAGGUUUGAUAACGUGGAAGGUAAUCGAAACCAAGAUGCCAUGGAGUUUAAUGUUCCUAUUGGGCGGUGGUUUCGCGAUUUCACGCGGAAGCGUCGCAUCCUGCAUGGCAAAACGAGUUGGCGAAGCUCUGCUACCGCUUCGGUACUUACCACCCGUCGUAAUACUUGCUUUGGUGUGCUUCUUCGAAGGUACUUUAACGGAAUUCACCUCGAAUGUGGGCAUCGCAAAUAUCACUCUACCGGUGAUAGCUCAAAUGUGCGUAGCGAUGGAAAUCCAUCCUAUGUAUUUGAUGAUACCAGCCACGUUGAUGUGUUCGUUCUCAUUCCGUCUGCCGGUCGGAACACCACCGAACGCGAUCAUAACCAUUGCUGGACAUAUCCCGACCAAUAUGUUAAUCUCCGGAGGUUGCGCACCUGCGAUCUACAGUUUGAUAGUAGAAGUUAUCUUCUUCCCGACAUGGGGCGUUUUCGUUUACGGAAUUCAGGAUUUUCCUGACUGGGCCAGAUAUGUUGAAACGGGAAAUGAUACGAAUGCAAUAUGUUAAUCGAUUUGAAACAUGCACAAUUUGCAAAUGUUGCGGAAUUGAACAGCAAAUCCAGCAUAUCAAUUUUUUCUUCAAAAUACAACGGUUAAAAUCUAAUAGCUAUUGAUGCAAAAGUAACAAUUAUACUAAAUCUUUUAAAGAUAUAGUACUAAAUAUUGUAAAGUAAACAUGAUAUGAAUAAACAAAGAUAAAAUAAACACAUUCGAUUUUUUACUUCUGCACAAUGGAAAAUCCGUGGUUACCUUUCAUAUUCCGUUUCAAUAUUUGCUUAUAACUUUGUAAUAAAGCAUUUUUAUAGCUAAACUUCAUAUAAUAUUAUUUUCCUAUUUCCAUUUGUAGAAUAUGCUCUUGCACUUGUCAGAUAAAUCCUGGGACACCCUGU